AUGAAUUCACUCGUGAUUUUAUUCGCCUUCGUUGUCGGAGUAGUCCUUGCAGGUCACGGUCAUGACAACGCGCACUACAAAUUCGAGUACGGCGUCCACGAUCCCCACACCCACGACCACAAGUCGCAGCACGAGCACCGCCACGGGCACGACGUCCACGGGGGGUACACCCUGAAGGAGGCCGAUGGCACCCACAGAGUGGUCAAGUACGUUUCCUCUCCCCACAAGGGAUUCGAGGCUGUUGUAGAGAGAAGAGGACACGCUCAGCACCCCGCUCACGGUCACCACGGUCACGGGGGAGCCACCAGCUACGUAGGAGUCACCCAUUGGGCCAAUCAAGGAUCCGAAGGACACGGACACGGCCACCAUUAAGCGGAUUGUUCGGUCGAUGAUUUUCGGUUGUUAUGUUUUUGUUACUGAAUUUAUGGGAAAUAUACUUGUUUUUUAACGUGAAAUGAAACCAGCAAUUAUUUCACCCCUUU